AGCUCCCAGGUGGACAGGAGCCGGGCGGUACCUGCCCGCGGAGCCGGACCGGUCCUCCCGCCGCGCCGCACGCAGUGAGCGGAAAGCGGGGGGAUUCCUAGGAGAAGUGGUGCGCCCUGAACCGGCCGCUGAUGAAGACAGACACAGUGUCCCUGGAGCCCCUGAGCUGAAAGGGAACGGAGAGGGCCGGAAUGAGCCCCGAGCUGCCCGCACCUUGGCUGCUGCUCUUCACCUGGCUCCCAGCAGGGUGUGUGUCCUUGCUGGUGACAGUCCAGCACACGGAGCGCUAUGUCACCCUGUUUGCCUCCGUCGUUCUCAAAUGUGACUACACCACCUCUGCCCAGCUCCAGGAUGUGGUGGUGACGUGGCGCUUCAAGUCCUUCUGCAAGGACCCCAUCUUUGAUUACUACUCUGCAUCAUACCAGGCGGCUUUAUCCCUGGGCCAGGACCCAUCCAAUGACUGCAAUGACAGCCAGCGGGAGGUGCGCAUCGUGGCCCAGAGGCGGGGGCAGAAUGAGCCCGUGCUGGGGGUGGAUUACCGGCAGCGCAAGAUCACCAUCCAGAACCGAGCAGAUCUUGUGAUUAAUGAAGUGAUGUGGUGGGACCAUGGAGUGUAUUAUUGCACCAUUGAGGCUCCAGGGGACACGUCAGGAGACCCAGAUAAGGAAGUGAAGCUCAUUGUCCUGCACUGGCUGACAGUGAUCUUGAUCAUCCUGGGGGCCCUCCUUCUGCUCCUGCUGAUUGGAGUGUGCUGGUGCCAGUGCUGUCCUCAGUACUGCUGCUGCUACGUCCGCUGCCCCUGCUGUCCCGACCGCUGCUGCUGCCCCGAGGAAGCCAUGGCCCACCAACGCAACAUGAAGCAGGCUCAGGCCCUAGGCCCUCAGAUGAUCGAAAAACCCCUGUACUGGGGGGCGGACAGGAGCUCCCAGUUUUCAUCUUAUCCAAUGAAUCCACUGCUGCAGCGAGAUUUGUCCCUGCGAUCCAGCCUCCCAGAGAUGACCACCGCUCACCCUCCCAUCACCAACGGUGUCCUAGAGUAUUUGGAGAAAGAGCUGCGGAACCUCAACCCAGCCCAGCCUCUGCCGGCUGACCUCCAAGGCAGAUCUGGCCAUCCCCGCAGCAUGCUGUCCUCCCUGGGCUCUGAGGUCGUGGAACGCAGAAUCAUCCACCUGCCCCCGCUGGUCAGAGACCUGCCGUCUCUGCGGAGGACCAGCAACUCCUCCCACCAGCAGUGGCUCCCCCCGCCUCCCCCCGGACCCUGGGAUCUGAGGGAGGGGAGAAGGCAGCACCGCUACUCUGAUUUCCAGCAGGAGCACCGGGACCGGGAGCCUCAGCGCUGGGCGCUGGAGCAAAGGGAGCUGGGCCGACUGCGGAGCGGAAGGCACCGCGGCUCCAGGCAGCGCGGGUCACCCAUGCCCUGGUCAGACAGGGACAGCCUCAGCGACGGCCCCUCGUCCAGCGAGGCCCGCUGGCCGCCCAACCGCCCCCGUCUCCGGAGCCGCUUCCCAGAGAGAGCCCGCGGGCCCAGCCCCCGGGGCAGCGCUCAGGGACACCAGAGGCGCCGGCACCGCAGCUACUCCCCUCCCCUGCCCUCCGGCCUCAGUUCCUGGAGCUCCGAGGAGGAGGAGGAGGAGGAGGAGGAGAAGGAGAGGCAGCCCCGGAAUUGGGGGCCCCGCCGCCGCCGCCGCCGCCGCUCGCGCUCCCCAAACUGGCCUGAGGAGAAGCCACCCAGUUACCGCUCGCUGGAUGUCACCCCAGGCAAGGAUGGCAGGAAAAAAGGGAGUGUGGAGAGGCGCUCGGAGAGAGAGAGCUCCCAUAGUGGAAGGAGUGUGGUCAUUUAGUCACCAGGCACAACACUGCUUCUGUGGCUACUUCUCAGCUCCUGCAUGUCAUCAGCAUCACCUAGAUUUCCAGCUGACUUGGGAGGGGCCAUUCCAGCUGACUUGAGAUGGACACCGCAAGUUUGUAUCUAACAGUUUUGGCUUAGAUUCUGAGAAUCAAAUAGAAGAAUUUUAUAAACAAAGUUUGAGGAAUUAAUGACUGUAGUUUUAGCCUUGGUACACACUCUGCAUAUUUAGAUAGUCAGACUUGUAAUGAAUUCUAACUGGGAUGUGAUCCCUCAGGAACUUAGUAGCCUGAGUCUUCAACUAGGUUACACUGCUCAGAACUGUGGCCAUUCUCAAAGUGAGAACUCAGGAAUCUUUAAGAGGAAAUCAAACAUUUCCUGCUCCUCUUAGGAGCAGAAAAUCUGUGGAGUACUAUAGGGAAAUUUCCAUGGAAACUUGUCUCCCCCUAUAGCAUAUCUAGAGGAUCCCUCCAUGUUACGAGUCCACUUUACUGCCCCCAAGCCUGGUCCUGAAUGCCUUUGAGGGUUCACUCAGAGAUGGCACAGGAAAUACUCCAGCAAUGUGCCCUCUCAUAGGCUAUUUAUUGCGUGUGUAGAAAGUCACAGAGAAGCACUUUUGCACCAGUCUUAUUCCUGUCAUUUGUUUUCUUCUUUUUUUUUUUUUUUUUGCCUAUAUCUAAUUUAUAUUUUCCUAUAUAACAUGCAUCCAUUGAAACCACUUUAAAUGCUUCUUGGGAACAACACAGUACAUAAGUAAAGAAGAAGUAAGUGAAAGCUACUGGCCUGAGGAUUCUGCCCCAAAUACCUAUUUUGAUGCACUUGAUGAAGUUAAGCCUUCUUCCCGACUAAAGCUCAGAGAAGAGCCAGGCCAACCUGAUAAUUUUGGAGCGACCUUUCUCCUGGCACUACUCAGCCUUGCAGAGUUAUUCCCCAAGCAAAGGCAUCCAGGCAGGUUUUACUACUCAGUGCCCCAGGAGGAAGGGUCUGUGCCUCUCUGUAAUAGGCCCUACCUCUCUCUCUCAUUUUCCUCAGCCCCUUCUGGUGGCUUCAUCAAUCCAUUUGUGCUUCAUGUAGAGACUCUCCUUAAGCAGACUGUAAGUAGAUGGCCUGAAAGGAAGCACGUGCAUGUGUGUGUGUGUGUGUGUGUGUGUGUGUGUGCGCGCCUCAACAGUAUCUUUAUGUGUAUGGCCUUAAGCUCAUUUUAGAUCCUUUUGUAUUAACAUCCGUUGUUUCUCCCAGUCUCAUUAAUUACAUGUUAGAGAAUAUUGGUUAAAUACCUGCACUGUGCAAAGGUGUCUUUGGGAUUUUUACUAUCCAUAAUGUAACUGCGUCUAAAUUGGUAAAACAGAAAAAAUAAAACUUUAAUGGAUAAUUCAGUAGCUGAGGGACUUCUGGUCUGGACAAGAUGGCAUAGACCUCUUUUUCCCUGCUCCUCCUCCCUAAGCACAACUUUAUAUAUCCUAGAAAUGACACAAGAGACGAGCAAAAGAUGACUCUGAAGGGUGCUAAGAAGAAGAUGAUCUGGUUUGGGAACCUAGGACCAGAUGCCAACACAGAGGCAGGGCAUCUUGUGUCCCCCAACCAACAGAAGGCAGCCACCCAGACCUGAUGUUUUUCUGGCUUCCCACUUGGCAACAGAAAGUAGUCCAGUAGCUUGUUCUUCCCCCUAGAUGUAGUGGGAGUCCCUCUGACAACUUCAGACAAGGGGGAACAACCGGGAGUCCUGCCAAAAAUAAGUGACCAGGGGAAGCAUUCUCCUACCCUGCUGGGCCAGAGACUCCUCUCUUCUAUGGAGAGAUACUGAUGUGGAUGGGAGGAACCAGUAAGAGACACCCAGGUAAAGCAGGUGGCCCACCUGGGGAAGCCUCUUUGUCCCCAACUCCUCCUCUGCCCAGAGACAUUAGGGCUGACUGGUGGAAUCAUGAAAAAGAACCUGUCACAGCUAGCAGCCCUGUAGCUAGCAGCCUGGUCCCAGAAAUCACUUUAUCUCUCCUCCCUGCCCAGAGAAACCUGGGUAGCUGGGGGUGGUGGUGGUUACUAAUAGAAGGAUUUCCUCACCUGCCUCCCUCAGGCAGUCACAAAGUCUCUGAAAAUUAAACUGUUGGAAUCACAGCCCACAAAAGUAGGCUAAGACUCAUGUGUUAAACCUAAAUAGAGUCAAUUCCUGUAAAAUAAAAUAUUUAAAUAGGUCCCAGAUUGUCCUAACACAAUAGACAAAAUGUCCAGGAUAUAAAUCAAGAACCUAGAAAAUCACAACUUGAAUGAAAAGUGAAAUCAACUGAUAACAACACUGAGAUGAAUCAGAUGUUGGAGUUAUCUGAUAAGAAUUUUAAGGCAGACAUUAUAAAGAUGCUACAACAAUUACAAAUUGUCUUAAAUAAAAAUGUAGAAAAUCCCAGAAAAGAAAUAGAAGUUAUGAAAAAAAACAAGUGGAAAUUAUAGAACUGAAAAAUACAAUAGAAAUUAAAAACUUGCUGGAUGGGCUCAACAGAAGACUGGAGAUGAUGAAGAAUAGAAUCAGUGAACAUGAGGACAGUACAGUAGAAUUCACCCAAUAUGAAUAAUGGAAAAGAGGUUGGGAAAAAAAUGACCAGAGCCUCAGGGACCUGUGGAACAAUAACAAAAUAUCCAACAUUCAUUUCAUUGGAGUCCCAGAAAGUAAAGGAGGAAGAGUGGGGAAAUGAAUAAGCAUUCAAAGAAACAAUGACUGAAAACUUCCCAAAUUUGAUGAAUGACAUCAACAUAGAGAUCCAAGAAGCUGAAUGAACUCUAAAAGGGAUAAACCCAAAGAAUCCAUGCAAUACACAUCAUAAUUAAACUUUUGAAAACUAAAGACAAAGAAAAAAAUCCUGAAAGCAGCCAGAGAGAAACAAUGCAUUCCCUAUAGGGAAACACCAAUUUGAAUGUAUUUCUCAUGUGAAAUCAUGAAAAAGGAAAUGGCCAAAUAUCUUUCUAAGCACUGAAAGAAAAUAACUGUUGACACAUAAUUUUAUAUCUGGCAAAACUAGUUUUCAGAAAUGAAGGGAAAAUAAAAACAUUCACAGAUGAAUGAAAACUAAAAGAUUUUGUGACUAGCAGAUACACCCUGGAAAGACUGGACAAAGGAAGUUCUUCAAACGGCAAGAAAAUGAUAAAAGGAAACUUAAGCAUCAGAACGCAAGAAGAAACAAUAGAAAGAUCGGAAAUAUGAGUCCAUACAAUAGACAUUUUUUGAGUAUUAGAUGGUAUUAUAAUUUGUUUCAAUAAAAUAUGAUUUAUAAAACCCAAAAGGAAAAAAUCUCACAAAAGAAAUAGAAGUUAUGCAAUGUGUUAACAAUGAUAUGUAAAGGUGGGAAAGGUAAAGAGACCUAAUUGGAAGUGAGGUUUCUAUAUUUCAUUUUAAAUGGUAAACACUGUGAUACCAAGUACAGAGUUAUAAGUAGCACCCAGAGCAACCACUAUGAAAACUGCAGAGAUGAACUCAAAAGUGCUAUAAAUUAAGAUGGAAUCCUAAAACAUGUUCAAAUAACCUGCAGAAAGGCAAGAAAAAGAAUAAAGAGCAACAACAACCAAAGGAAACAAGUAGAAAAUAAAUAAUGAAAUAGCAUCGUAAAGUGCUAACAUAUUAAUAAUUACCUUAAUUGUAAAUGGUCUAAACAUACCAAUCAAAAGACAGAGAUUAGCAGAGUAGAUUGAAAAAUUAAAAAACCAAAUCCAACUAUAUGCUGCAUAUAAGAAACUCACUUCAUAUUCAACCACAGGUAGGUUGAAAGUAAAAGGAUGGGAAAAGAUAUACUAUGUACACAUUAAUAAUAGAGAAAUAAAAAGCAGUGACAAUAUUAAUAUCUUAUAAGGUAGCCUUCAAAGCAAAGAAAAUUAUCAGAGAAAAAAAGGGAUAUUAUAUAAUGAUGAAAGGCUCAAUCUGCCAGGAAGACAUGAUAUACUAAUGUGUAUAAACCACAGAGUCUCAAAUACAUGAAGCAAAAACUGUUAACGCUGAAAUGAGAAAGAGAAGAAUGUAUGAUUAUAGUUGGGAACGUAAACACUGCUCACAUUCAGCAACCAAUAGAACUGUUAGGCAAAAAAUCACAAGGACAUAGAAGAUCUAAACAACACUAUCAUCAGGAUCUAAUUAACACAUAUAAAACAGACCAUCCAACAACAGUAGACUACAUUUUUCUCAAUUUCCUGUGAAACACUGACCAAGUAGGAAAAAAAAAAAAACACCUAAAACAAA